AUUGACUUUCCCCUCCACCGGCAUCUGAUUGAUUGAUCAUGUUUUUUAGGUUACAUUUUAUACUUCCGUGUUGAACUCUUAAUACAGUUAUAAAAAAUUCGAACUAUUUUCCGCAAUCCUCAAAUUUGUAAUUAUUAUGGAAGAAAAAUGGGAACCUAAUCAAGAAUAUCUACAAACAUUAAUUUCGAUGGGUAUAUCAUACAACAUUGCAACUGAAGCACUUUUUUGUACUGGGAACAACUCGCUUGAAGAUGCUGUAAAUUAUAUUUUCAAUUAUCAGGAUGAACAGGCAAGCCCCGAAAAAACUUUUAAGAGUGUAGCAGACGGUGGGGGUGAGGCUAGGGAUAACUCGGGGGAUGAAAGUGCAGAUGAAGAAGAUAUAAAAUGUUAUAAAAUGACUUUUGUUGUAAAUACUUCUCUAAAUAUGGGUGUGGGGAAAAUAGCUGCACAGGUGGGUCACGCCUGUUUAGGCCUUUAUAGGGAAAUGUUAGAACAGAACAAAGAAGACGAUUUAAAUAAUUGGGAAUACAUAGGGGAAAAGAAAAUCGUUUUAAAAGGGAACAAUGAGGUGCACCUGCAAGAGCUGUAUGAAAAGGCGAAAGCGAACAGCAUACCCUGUUAUUUAGUAAGAGACGCUGGCCACACCCAAGUAGCGCCCAACUCGGUGACUGUGUUGAGCCUUUUCGGAUUAGAAGACGACGUGAAUAAAAUUACGGGCAAACUCAGCUUACUGUGAUUUAUAGUCCUCGACUUGCCUAAUAAACAUUAAAUUUACCCUUAUUUCUGCCUUUCUUUAAUUCAUGUAUCAUCGUAACUCUAGUUAUAUUAUGUCGGAGGUCAGAUGUAUAGAACCAUAAUCCAAAAAUUGUGUAUACUUUCACGAGCUUAUUUUGAAUUAGCAGAAAAUUAUAGCGUAAAUGUUGAUAUUAAGCUUCAAUACGAAAUUAAUACAAGUUAUAUAUUUUGUUCCCUGUGUAUGAUGUACUUAUAUUAUGAAAUAUAUAAAAAUUUUACAGUUCAAA